AUGCCAGCAAACCGCGUAACACGCUCCCAGGCCCGGACAGGGGAACCUCUCUUCGCCCAAAAGACCGAUCUGCAGAGACAACGAGAUCAUUAUGGCCAGAGCCUCAAGACGAAGUGGCUCCCACAAGGCCUGAGGCUUCAUCAGGAUCCGAGGGGCAUACAUAUCGGGACGCACAACGACAGAAGUCUUCAGAAUGUCGUGUAUCAAUCGUUGAUGCACCUCCCAAUUUUUCUCAACUGGAUUAAGUCACACAAUGAACACUGUACUGCUACCAACUGCACCCUUUGUGCCCUGAAGGCACUCGUGAGGGAGUAUUGGGGUCCGCACAACAUUAACACCCCUUUCCCGGACACGCACAUGGCCCUGACACAGAUCGCAAACUCGGCUUCAGCACAACACGCAUUACAGGAUGCAUACAACUUCUACGAGUGGAUCACCGCUCGAGUCCAAAUGGGCGAUCCGAAUAAUUUAAUGGCGAAUGACCCGCAAAAUCCUUGGGAUAACGAGCUGAGAGCACUCUUCCAACUCGACGUCAGCCAGGAUAAUGACUGCCAGUCUUGCAAUCGCUCAUUUUUGACAUCCGAACAGUAUGGCAUUAUCAACGCGAAUUUCGAUAUGUAUUUGCACAUGAAUGUAGACGACAUCGUGAACCACUGGUUCGGCCAGGACCGUGGAGUGCAGCACUGCCCAACUUGUGGCUCCGUGGAGGACUUCACGUACACUCGACGCAUCGAGGCCGCGCCGCAGGUCCUCAGGAUCAAAGUGAAUUUAAAUGCGACCCUAGCUGGGCUGUUGACUAAGCAGGGCGUGCCUUUCGACGUCCCGGAACUUUUGGAUUUAACGCAGUACCAGGAAAACGGGCAACUGCCACUUGAGUAUACGCUAAGUAGUGCGAUUUCGCACGGUGGGCUAGGUGUCGCUCAAGAAGUGGCAUGGGAUCUGUUUUCUCCGACUCCAUCGGAUCACGAGGGCGUUCUUGGUCCGGAUGAGUAUGAGGAAGAAGAUGAAGACGAGGAUGAGGACGAGAAUGAGGACGAGGAAGAGGAAGAGGACGAUGAUGAGGACGAAGAAGAGUUGAACUUUGACGAUUUCCCUACGAUCGACCAGAACAUGUUAGACUUGGACCAGCAGGAGGAAGACGACGAGACGGAGGACGAAGAUCUAAAUGAUGACCUGUCCAUUCAUGACAAUGAUGAUGAUGAGCGCGAGGAAACUCCUCCAUACCAGACUAUUUCAAGGUGGGCGUAUCCUGGAGCACCUAGGAGGACAUGGACUGCACAGCAGAUUGACCUAGCGGACUACAAUGGCUUGAUAGAAGUGACGAGGGAGGAGUUCAUCAACGAGCUAGGCCCAGGGUCGAGUCAGCCUUCCAGUGAUAUUGACGAGGCAGAGGACCAUGAUGGGGAGGACGCUCUGUACCGUCGGUCCUCGAUAUCCGGCGAGACCGACAGCCAAGCUACUAUGUCCGAGGCACCAUCAAAUAUUGGCGGUGCGCCCUGGGUCGCAGAUUUCCUUGCCGCUUUCCCAGUGCUAGGUCCUGUUCGACGCUUCUACAACUGGGCGUCAGGGUGCAACAACAACAACAACCCUCCACCUAAUGCCUUUGGCCAAGGGCCCGUUCAAGACUUUCUCAGCGCCAUGAAUGGCAACAUCAUAGGCAAUAGCAGUGGUCCUACUCAGCUGAACAGAGAUCUUGACAAUGAGUUCGGGGUUGUCGAUUUAACCGAGGACUGGGACUCUGACGAAUCUGGCGACUCUGUCCACGCUGAACACUGGAUAGUGAAUACGCGCGGCCCGGACAAUGAAUUCCACAUCUCUGACGCGCAUUUUGAGACGCUUGGUGCGGGCCAGUUGAAUGCGAAUCCACAGGCACCGCAAGCGCCAGAUCCAUGUGAUAUUCCGCAUGGUUACCAAGUGUAUAUCUUGACGUAUACGAGGAAUAAGUUGAGGGGUAGGGCUGGGAAGAUGGAGCGCAACAUUCCGGCCUUUAUAUAG